UGGAAACAUCGUGCAGAGAUCCUUUCCACGGAAUGAUACAGAUCCCCAUGUUCCAGGUGUUCUUCCAGAGAUUCAUAGAUUCCCAGUCCGGGUGGCUGGGUGGCGAGCCAACCGUGUUUGUGACUCUGACUUUAGACGGAUUGCCAGGAUCAUCUUCUUCAUCUUCAUGGUGAUCAAACUUGAAGGCCCACAAAUGAAGUCACGUACUGUCAUUUCAUCUGCUUUUGCAUUAUGCGCUGGGCAGCAUCCUUUUCUCCUACCAUCCUUCCAUGACGCUGGCCUAGUCCUGAACACAUGCUAUCAAUUAGCACACCUUUCUGCUGAUCUGACUCUGUUGGUUGAAUCCCUUGCUGCUGACCCUGGUGUUUCUGGUUUCCCUCCACCUCUACACUACAGGAUUGUUCCUGCUACGGUUUGCAUGGAUGCUUCCACUCAAACAGAGACUUCUUCUGUUGUUUCCUCUGUGAAUCCUUUUGAGCUUACUCCUGAUGAGGACAUGGCUUUCUCUGGGGCUGACCCUGACUUUAACCCUACUUCAGAUUCUCUCAGUCCUACUCCGUAUUCACCUAGCAGUCCCAAAUAUUCUCCUGCCUCUUCUCUACACUCCUUAUCCCAGUAUUCCCAAUCACCUUCUCCUAUCGAUUAUUCUCCUACCAGCCCUCUUUAUUAACCUGUAUCUCCCCUUUUCUCAUUAAACUCUUACCUUUCA